CUGUUCUGUUCCUCCCCCUCCUACCGACUCCCCUGCAGCCUCCCGAACCUCCAAAAUACCUUACUACGAAGCUUAGCACAAGAUGUUCGCAAAGGUCGCUGCAUUCGCUACCCUCCUCUCCGUCGUGGCGGCUCAGGCACCUUCAAUUGUGUUGGAGACCCCGCAGGGAUGGACAAGUGGUGUCCAGGCUAACAUCAGCUGGUCUACGAGCGACACAAACAUACGUUUUUCGUUGGAGUUGGUAAACCCUACGAACUUCCACAACUCGUUUGGUAUCGCAACGAACGUCGACCCCACGUCAAUGUUCAGUAGCUUUACUCUCCCCAUUGUUCCGGCUGGCGAUGGCUACAUCCUUCAGGCGAUUAACGUUACGGACAUCAAUACAGUCUACGGCUCGACUGGCGACUUCAGCAUUGCGGCUACGCCAUCCAGUGUGUCAUCAUCUUCCUCCACGGUGUCUGGCAGUUCGACCGUAUCCUCCCUGUCUAUCACCUCUUCCGGAUCAGGUUCGGCUAGUGCGACUUCUGCUGGGUCCUCAGCUUCCAACAGCGCACCUCCAGCGUCUUCUGGCGCAUCGACUGGUGCAGCUUCCCCCUCGAAUACGCCCUUCAAUGGUGCCCCUGCCGGCCUCGAACUCGGCCUCGCGUCUUGGGCCGUUAUGGCGGUCGGCGCUGUCGCUGGUGCCGUAGUCGCGCUGUAAGGCUGUGGGUUGUAUUAUUGACUGUGAACAUUUCGUGGUUCGCACAUCGGACCCUGCAGCACUUCUCGGUACCCCCAUAUAUCUCUGUAAUGGCGCGCAUGGACUAUACGGACUUUCUUGCAUUUUCUGUUGGGACUCAGCUGAUUCCACUACCACGCGUUACAUCCAUCGUCUCUCACCAGCAUGAAUGCAUCGCACUUGUCGCUCAUUUUAAUCGUCGGAAUCUAGCCUUCGACUGUGUUCAAUGACAUCC